AUGAAACAUAGUGGUAUUUUAUUCUUAUUGCUAAAUACAUGCAUGCAAUUACUAUUAUCUAUUUAUAUUGGAGAAUCUUUUAAGGUUUUACCUACAAAUAUCACUGAUGAAAGAGAUGGUUCAAAAAUAGGUCCUACCUUACUAAUAUUAUAUGAUGUAGAUAAUGUCAUUUUGAAGCAUGUGGGUCCAGGGAAAACAUAUAUUAAUCCAGAAAUAGUGCCAUUUUUAGCAUCAAUGUAUAAUUUACGCAAUUCUAAGGAUCCUAGAAUUCUUUUACCAAGAAUAUUUUCUCAUGGGUGUGGCACUGUAUCAAAGCUUUCCGAAAGCAAAUUAAUUAAACCAAGAAUACUUGAUUCAAAUCAAAGUUUAGAUAAUGAUGAUUCUCAUCAUUUUUCAAUAAAAAUUAAUGAUGUUGGGGACGCAUACCUUCUCAAUGAAGUUUAUUACCUUAAAAAAGACGGGCAAUCGGAAUACAUUCACCAUCCAAUAGACAUAUUUAAAAUUUUCUUUGCAGACGAAAACGAACUAGAAGCAAACAUCCCGUCUAUUAUUCCAUUUAACCGGGUAUUGGAAAGAAAAUCCAUUUAUUUUGAUGGUCCAAUUUCGGGACUUAAUAGCCAAGAAACAAUAUUUUAUAAAAAGUAUAUUCAAAAAGCUAAGAGAACAAUGGGUGGACAACCCUUCCUUAUCGAUUCCAUUACUAAUGGUAUGGAUGAGAUACAAGGAAAGGCUUUUCUAAAAAAGCUAUUUACAAAAAUUUCUUCUUUACCUAAGGUUUGGCCAUUUGAUCUUAGAAGUGAAGAGUUACCUUUUAUAAAAGAUCUUGUUAAAUAUCGUGGUUAUGUAAAUGGAAAAAUUCAGUUCGGAACUACUAUUCUCUUAAUUGAUGAUUUGGUAGCCCACUUUAAUUUUGGGUGCGUCCAUGAACACUUUUCUGAAGAAUACAGAGUUUUCAUUAUCGUUGUCAAAAAAUUCAUUCCAAAUAGUGAUGUAGAAAAUUUAACACGCGAAUUUCAAAAAUCCAUCCCUGUUCCUAUAGGCACAACCCCAUACAGCCCAUUCGACAUUCGGGAAGUCAACGCAAAGAUGAAUAAGCUACUUCAAAAACUUCCAGAAGAAACCCAUCCAGAUAUUUUCUACAGAGAGAUUCGAAAUGAGUUUAUUUAUGAUAGCCCAACUUACCCCAAAUGCGGUUAUGAUAUUUCUAGACCCUUUCCAUUUUAUUUCCUGGUUGUAAUAGAAUGCGACAUUCUGUACAACUUAAUAAAGCUAUUUAUUGAUGAUCGGAUGGCAGAGGAGGUCACAUUUUUACUUAAUACAUCAUCAUAUAUCGCUGUAAUCUCUGGAAGGAAAUCCUGCGAAUACGCCUUCUCAAUGGUUAAACAUCUUAUCGCGUCAGGAUUUUACCAAUGGUCCGGUAAAAUCCUGCCACUAGCUACGAUAAAAGGUAGGAAUACGGACGAUUUGGAUGACUAUUCACCGUCGUUUUCCCAACAUUCAAAAAAAAACGUAAAAAACCCCGGUCAGAAUCUGAACAGCCAAGACAGACAUAUAUUUAUGUCAAAAUUGUAUUCUAGGAUGCCAAGAAGUAGAACAAUGGUUCUAAGACUCGACUACCACGGAGAUCCAGGUAGGAUUCAAUAUUCCGAUUACACAUGCUUCCUAAACGCUCCCCCCAACGAGGACGUGCCUGCAAAUUUCCCAUCAAAAUCCACCAAAUACAGACAACGGCUAAAUUUGCAAUCAGACUCCAGAAUUUCAAAGUUCUUCGGAGUCGCGCCCAGUGGAGAGAUGAAGACAGUCACUAUACUUCAGAAGUUAACAGUAGUUUUAAAUAAAGUGGAAGGGGUGCUAAGAUCCACCGCAAAAGCAUCUAGGAAUACACUGAGCCCCAAAGACGAGCAUCUCGCAACUCAUACACAGUCCGAAGAGGAGCACACAAACCAUAUGGACGAGUAUGUCGGGAUAGAAGAGGAACACAUUGUAGCACAGUCCACGACCUCAAAAGCAAACACGGGCCAAAAACAGACAGCAUCCGCGCCCCCCACCACUUACCCCCAAGUCUCAUACUCAUUCCUAUCAAUCUUCUAUACAAUCGUGGAAAUCCUCAAAGAAGAGUUCCCGAAGGAAUACAUAUUCUGUAUAGGAUCCACAAACUGA